AUGGCCGUCGUCGACAAAAAGGGCCAUGAUAUUUAUAUCAUUAUUCUCACUACGUUUAGACAAUCGUUUGACUCUGCAUUAUUGGUUGAUGUGACGUGCACCAUGUCUAACUUUCAAGUUUUGCCUAAUGACUUGCUAUUUCGACCUUCAAACCAAAAAUAUAUUCUGAAUUUCAAUGGUGGGAUGACUAUCAAAGAUGUUGGAAAACACGACAUCCCUGAUAAGAUUUGUAACUUGACCCCGUUUCCUGAUAUCAUUUCGAGAAAAUGGCAGAGGAAUCUCCUAACUGAUAUCAUCAGGGUGAUGGACGAAGAUGGCUACUCGCAGUCUUAG